GAGAGAGAGGCGCACGUGGUGAUGCAUGCCUUAACCUCGGCGUUCUAUUUUCCAUUUACAAAACAGUGAGUCUGAGACGAUAAUCAAACCCAAAAGGCUACUCAUCUUCCAAUCACUUUCAUCUCCUUCUCUAGAACAUCAUUGAAUAUCAUUGAUUACCGAACACACGUUUUCUACUUCUUGCUCUCUUUUGAACUUUUCUUUCUCUAUGUUUCUGAUCAUGUUUUGCUUCAACUUUAGCUUAGUUUUGACUUAUUACACUUACACAGUUCUUUAAACUCUCAUUAUUUUUGUCUCUUGUAACACUUUCAUGCUCUCAUUUGAUACUCAAAUAGUCUCUUUAUAAUCGUAAUGCAUCAGUGUAUUCUCCACUAUUCAGUUUUUAAGUACAGAUGCUUUUGAAAAUCACUUUUAUGACAUGGGUUUUGCAUCAAUGACAGUUCUUUCUUUGAUUUUAGUAGUUUUCCUACAUGAAAGUAUUGAUAUUUGCUCUCAUACAUUCUCUUCUUUUUAAGAUUAUCAGCUGGGAAGAAUUUUUUGAAGGUUUCGAUUAGUGGGUAUAUAUUGUUUUUUUUUUUUUUUUUGGUGAUUAUUAGUUUUGAGGCUAUCCAAAAGGUCUUGAAAUUGGCUUUUUGUAUAUUCCAAUGGUAGAGCUUCAAUCCUGUGCUAGCUUGGUCAGUGCUUCUGCAUUGUGUGCUAUACAGCAAGAAGUGAAAGGGGAAGGUGUCAAUGUUAUAGCUGAGAUUACUGCUGAGUUACAAAGAGAAAGAAGGAAGAAUGCUGAGCUUAUGGAGAGAAUAUCAAUUCUUGAAGCUCAAAUACAGCAAAGAAACAAAGAUUCUCUUCCUGCAGAUGGGCAAGGCAGUUGUCCAAAUGCAAUGGAGAGAAGCUUCAAGAAACUAAAAAGACAGAAAACAGAUACAGCUAAUGAUGGAACUGAGAAUGGAAAUAUUAACAAAAGUGAAAUGUCAUUGCAGAAGACACAUGACCCUCAGUGUUUUCCUCCCAAAGAUGCAAAUCUGGAAGACCGUUUGGUCAAUUGGAUGAGCAUGGAUGAUACCCAGUUUUUGCAUUUUGAAAAAUUUAAAGACAGUGAUUUGGCUGCAGAUUUUGAUGAUACAGAUGACAGUGAUGAUGAAGAUGAUGAUUAUCGUGACGAGGAUGAUAUUAAUAGUGACCAUAAAGUUAGAGUUGCUACUGAGAGUUCUAGAACUGUUAAUGAACUGAAUGAAUAUCUUCCUGAAGAUGUUGAUGGGGGAUCACAUAUGCAAUGCUUGGAAAGUUGCUCUGUUGGUCAGAGUGAGCCAACUUUUUCAUUUGUAAACCGGGAAAUGAGUGAAAAUCGAAAGGAAAUUGUUUUGGUACCUGAUACAAAGCCAGUUUAUGAUGAAAAAGAACUCAAAAAACUUGACAGAAAAGAAACCAAAAAAGUUGGAGAAGUUAAAGCACCGCCCAGGAUCCUUACUUUUGAUAAAGAGGUUUGCCAUCCAGGACCUGGAAGCCUAUCAUUGCAUAAAAAACCUCCAAAGACGGCUUUCUGUCCAAAAGAAGUGAAGAGAAUAAUUGAGUCAGAGAUCCUGUUUCAGAAAAAUGCUCAAUCUCAUACUAUAAGGAAAAUAAUAGUCUUUGCAUCUCUUGGUAUAAGGCAUGGAUGUGAAGAUAUGUAUGAGUUAAACUUCAAUCAUUUUAGCAUUUUAAGGAAGGGAGAACCAUUCAUUUCUCCGAACGACCCUGGGGAGCAUGUUUUAUAUGAGAAUCCCGGUGUCCGAAGGAAGGUCUUUUAUCCCAAUCGGCAGAACCCAACAUUAUGUCCUGUUCAAAUACUUGAGGAGGAAAAGGCUAUGCGACCCUCUGAUACUAGCUGCCCAUCAUACUUGUUUCUGUGUAUCAAGUAUGGUGGAAGAACAAGAAAUCUUCCUCAAAAUGAAUAUGUCAGGCAGCGCAUGGGAAGGAACAAACUGAAGUCUUUUGGGCCACUGAUGUGUCGUAUGGCAAUGCUAGUUCAUAUUCGCAGUGGAAGCUUCUUCUUCAAGGCCUUGGGAAUCACGCUUCUGUUUAUGGCUGGUUUUCCUGAUGACCUGGUUCAAAGAGAAACUAAAUACCGGAACUUGGACUUGCUUCAAAAAUAUUACAGGACGGAUGAAGAUGCUGAAGGGGAGGAGUUGUUUCUUCCAUAUCUGUUGACAAGCAAUACGCUGGCCAACCCUGGUUCUCAGCAGCUAACUGGGAAGACUAUUUCAACAAAAUCAAGGGGAAGGAAACAAACAAGCUCAAAUGCUAAGCCUAACAAUUUGGUAAGACCCUCAGUCCAACAGUCUACACCUUCAAGCUCUGCAACUCCAGCUCAUUUUGGGUUAAUGGGCUACACCUCCAUCCACAAUCAUGCAAUGGCAAUGGCAGCAUUCCAGUCCAUGCCAUCUCAGACUUCACCAGAUGCCCCACCAAUUUCAAAUCCAGUGGUUCCCGGUACUGCUACUAAUGUCUCGUACCAUAAUCAAACACCAUUCCAUGUGUUCCCACAACAGCCUGCAAAUGCUUUCCUACCUAUGAUGUAUUGGCCUCCACCAAACACAUUUCCUCCAGGACCUUUCCCUUCGACAUAUGGUUUCCAAUCUUUUCCAUCUGCUGCAAAUUACAUCUCCAUCCAUCAACAGCCUUAUUACAGCCACACCUCUAGCAAUCCUUUCAUACCGAAAACGGUAGGAGGCACACCGAACAAUGGUAAGACCUUAGAGGAAGCUGAUAGUGACUCUGACAGUAGUUCAAGCAGUACAGAUCCAAAAGAACAUUAGAAAGGUGCAAGUAAUGAACCAUCUACAUAGAUGAGUUUCAUGUAAAUUUUCUUCACUGAGCAAUAAUUUAGUGUAAGAAUGAUGCAGUGUAACACAUUUUUGGGCCUGUUCUUUGCAACAGGUGUGUAACUUACAAGUUUCUAUUUAUAUAAUUUUGUGUCCUUCGGUU